CUGAACACAACCUAUGAAACACUACACUGGACAAAGAAGUGAAGAAGAGUGCAUGCAAAGACAAAAGACCCUUCUACAACACACAUUGGCAAGUGAAGCAGAACAGGCUGCAGGUAGGAGAGACCUGACAACACUGUAUCAAAUGACCAGGUUACUAUGUGGGAGGGAAGAGAUCAACACAGAUGAAACCAAUGAUAGUGACGGGAACUUGGUUAGCAAAGAGGAGAAACAAAGGAAACGAUGGGCUGACUACUUCAAAAAACUCCUGAAUCGACCACCAUCACCACCUGCAACUCGUCCAAAAAUACCACCAGCAGCCCAGCCACAGAACUACAAGUGAACACAAACUCUCCGGCAAAAGCAGAAGUGGAGUCCUGGACACCAUAAAGUUACUGAGAGCUGGGGGAGAAGUAGAUGGAAGUCCGCCAGAAGCACUGAAAAUGCGAAUAGACAUCAGCGGACAUGCUCACAUCACUAUUGCAGAAGGUUUGCAAGGAAAGAAGGAAGGAAGGAAAGGUGCC